GUUUCGUGUCUCUUAAGUCUUUGGGGCGAAGAGACAGUGCAGGCAAAAAUGCAGGGUUGUUACAGAAAUAAAUCCGUGUUUGAAGACAUUUCACGAGAUAUGGGGAGGCACGGUUUUAAGCGCUCGUGGCUACAGUGCCAACGUAAGAUAAAAAGCUUAAAAAACAAAUACAAAGCGAUAAAAGACCACAACAAUAAGAGUGGAAAUAGCCGUGCAACAUUCCCAUUCUUCGACCAAAUGGAAGGCAUUUUGGGUGUGACAGGCCAAGCUGCCGACCACCCCGAAUUACUAGAUAGCUUCGGAGAAGAUGAUGUCGCUUCAUCAGUGGACUGUGAAGAGCCGGAGUGUGAGAACAUUAACGUUCCAGAUGAGCCCCCUGACACGCCACAGACCACCUCGAGUGAGACCAGUGGUUCAUUCAGUGAUACCACAUCAUUCAAUGAGAGAGCCUCAUCCAGUGUGAGCACCACAGAAGUACCUACAAGGGCCUCAACACCAACACCUUGCUCAAAUCAACCGGACCGUAGUACACCAGGUGCACCUACCACACGUAGAAAGCGAAAAAAUAAGCUUGAAUCCACAAUGGAUGUUUUUUCAAAGACCAUCAAAGAAGCCCUGUCUCAGGCAGAUGAUACUGAGCUACAGCUUAAAUUGCAAGCAGCCCAGCACGCCCACGAAUUAAAGAUGAUGACACUGUUUACACAGUUUCUUGCAGGAAGACCAUCGUACCAGCCACCACCUCACCCAGGCCAUGCCACAGGGUCAAGCUAUUACCCAGAUCAGGUUCACCCACCUAGGUUUAGUCAAGAUUUUUCCCACCCUGGUCCCUUUACUCAGGAUCACACACAUAAUCAUACACCCCUCCUACCUCCUGAUACCCCACCUCCAAAAACCUUCACCACCCUUCAACCUCCACCCUCUCAACAGGGCCGCAUCUGCUCUAAGCCAGUCAGUUCCCCCAAUUCAAAUUCAAACAUACCCGAGUUACAAUUUUCAUCACCCCUGCCUUCCGAGGAUGACUAG